AUGAAACGCUUCAAUCUUGUCGCUUCUUCGUAUGUGGUGUUGCCAAUCACAAGCAAAUCGUUGGCCUUCCAAUUAUCUGCUUUUUUGAAGGUGAGGAAUGGAAGUUUGAGAGCUGCGACCACCCAUUUGUUUGGUGUUGAAAGAUCAAGUUGUAAAAAUCCUAUCGGAAUGAUACAAAAGUUUAAUAGCACUCUCAACUUUCAUUACCGAUCGUAUCAUAACAACACGAAAUAUACAGCGACCACAAAGGUAUCGGAAGAAGAGGAAGAGGAGUUUGAGGCCAAGUUCUUGCUCCAUUUUGGAGGAUUAACAAUUCCUUUUGCAGAAAAGCCGAAAAGUAUUGAGGAACUAAAAGAUCUAGUGGCCACGGGUCUAUCAUUGCACCACAACAAGGAUUGCAUUAAGUUUUUCGAAAUUGAUGAAAAGAAUUUCGAGAAGCAACUUGCUGGUUUGACUCGAGUGAAAAAAGAAGUGACUAAUUUGGACAAAUUUGGUGGCGUCUCUCUUCAGGCAGUCCUGAAAAUCAUGGUCCACCCAUAUUCAUUCCUCCAACUCAAAGAUCCUUUUUACAUUUACUUGCAUGAUAUUAAGUCUUCAGAUGACAUUUCAAGAGCUCUUCACACCUACACCUGGAGGUACAAGUAUUGUUAUGUCGACAAGAUAUCUGUACCAAGCGAGGCUUCUACAAACUCCACCACAACAAACUCAACCUCUUCUCAACCAACAGCAUCAGCUCCACAAAAAGAAAUUAAGAAGCAUACUAUACUUAAACUUAUCGACGAUGGAAAACCAAUAGCUAUGGUAGUGAGAACUACAAGAAUGGGUCAACUUUUCAAAGGAUUCCAGUUUGGCCUCUCCUUCCUAAUUACCUUGCUCAUUUAUUUAUUCAUUCUUUAA